UCCGUCGGGCAGCGAGCCUCUGCACCCCGUCCUUAUCUCUUCAUCCCACCCCUCCGUCCAUCUCCUCCGUUUUAAUUAGCCCUCCUCUUCCUCCCUCCAUCUCCCUCUGAGUCAUCUCCCCUCCCCCCUCUGUCACACAUCUCUCACCCCUCCUCCUCCCUUCCUGUUUUCCUCUCCCUCUCUCUCCCGGCGCUCUGCCUCUCCAGUAUUUUCUCGGUGGCUGUGGAAGGCAGGACACACACACACAGGCGGCAGGAUGUCGAUCGUCAGCAUCAUUGCCAGGGAGAUCUUGGACUCCCGAGGAAAUCCCACUGUGGAGGUAGACCUUCGCACAGAAAAAGGCUUGUUCAGGGCUGCGGUGCCCAGUGGAGCAUCUACAGGGAUCUAUGAGGCUCUGGAGCUCCGGGAUGGAGACAAGAGCCGCUACAAGGGCAAAGGUGUUUUGAAGGCAGUCGGACACAUCAACGACACUCUGGGUCCGGCCCUUAUAGCCUCUGGCAUCAGCGUGGUGGAGCAGGAGAAGUUGGACAACAUGAUGAUCGAGAUGGACGGCACAGAAAACAAAUCUCAGUUUGGGGCCAACGCCAUCCUGGGAGUGUCUCUCACCAUCUGUAAGGCCGGCGCAGCAGAAAAAGACACCCCCCUGUACCGCCACAUAGCCGACCUGGCCGGAAACACGGAGCUGGUGCUGCCGGUUCCUGCUUUCAACGUGAUAAAUGGAGGAUCUCAUGCAGGAAACAAACUGGCCAUGCAGGAGUUCAUGGUUCUGCCUGUUGGAGCCGAAUCUUUCAAGGAGGCGUUGAGGAUAGGAGCUGAGCUUUACCACACACUGAAGGGUGUGAUUCAGGAGAAAUAUGGCCAAGACGCCACCAACGUGGGAGAUGAGGGAGGAUUUGCUCCCAACAUUCUGGAGAACAGUGAAGCUCUGGAUCUGCUGCAGACGGCCAUAGAGAAGGCCGGGUUCACGGACAAGGUGGUGGUCGGGAUGGACGUGGCCGCCUCGGAGUUCUACCGCGACGGGAAAUACGACCUGGACUUCAAGUCACCACCACAUCCAGAGCGACACAUCAGUGGAGAGGAGCUGGCCGAUAUCUACCAGGGCUUCGUCAACAACUACCCAGUGGUGUCCAUCGAGGACCCGUUCGACCAGGACGACUGGGAGGCCUGGUCCCGUCUGACGGCCCAGGUGGGGAUCCAGGUUGUCGGUGACGACCUGACGGUGACCAACCCCAAAAGGAUAGAGAAGGCAGCUGAGGAACGAGCCUGCAACUGCCUGCUGCUCAAAGUCAACCAGAUCGGCUCAGUCACCGAAGCUAUCCAGGCGUGUAAGCUGGCUCAGGCCAACGGCUGGGGUGUGAUGGUCAGCCAUCGCUCAGGAGAGACGGAGGACACCUUCAUUGCCGACCUGGUGGUGGGACUCUGCACCGGACAGAUUAAGACCGGCGCCCCCUGCAGAUCUGAGCGACUGGCCAAGUACAACCAGCUCAUGAGAAUUGAGGAGGAGUUGGGCGACCAGGCUCGCUUCGCCGGCCAUAACUUCAGGAACCCCAGCGCCCUGUGAACCUGACAGACGAAUGACUCGCGCACACACACACACACACACACACACACACACACACACACACACACACACACACACACACACACACACACACACACACACACACAUGCACGCAUGCAAACACACACACGCACACAAACACACGUGCACGCAAACAUACACACACAAACUGACCAACACGACAAACAAGGAAUGAGCCAUGUACUACAAAGAAAGAUCUCACAGAUUCAUGACAAAAAAAACAACAAAAAAAAACAACAAAACACAAGAGCAAAGGAGCCUAGCAAAAUAAAUAAAUGAAUGAAUAAAUUAUGCACUGGACUUACAGGUAGGGACAUGAUGCUGUAUGCACACACACACACACAUAUAUAGAGUACACAGAUGCAACACACGCUAAUGCACAUGCAGGGGAAUAGCAUAAAAAUAUCCUAUUUAUAAGCCAGACAUGCACUGUUACUGUAGUUUCAGAGGAAUAGUUCAUGUACAGUCGGAGGGGAGAUGUGCAAAAACCAAGAUUAUUGUUGUUAAAAAAAAAAGAAAAUGAGUAGAGAUAUUGUAGAAUAACGUAGACUGAAGCACGCAAGUGAAAGAGAUGCAACACCAAAAGCAGAUGUUUUGCAGAAAGCAGCAGUUUCAGGGACUGGGUGGAAGUAAGAGCAGAACUACACACUGUAACACCUGAACACUCACACACUCAGCUGUGUCACACUCUCACCUGGACACUCCAGCACCUGCACUCCUCCUCUUCCUCCUCUUCUUCUUCUUCUAUCUUUUCGUCUCCUUUUUCUUCUCGUCGUGUCUCGCCCCUUCUUCUUCUCCUCCUCCUCUUCCUCCUGAUGUGAUUCUGAUUAUUUGUCCUUCAUGCUUGAAGUCCCGCCUCCAUCUCAAAGAAGAAAAAAGAAAAGAAGAAAAAAUAUCGAAACCCUGAGUCCCCUUUGUUCCUUCGGUUCCUCCUGAAUGUCCAUAGAAUAGCUGUGUUGAAAAAGAAGAAAGAGAAUUUUAAAAAAUGAUUUAAAAAAAAAAAAAAAAGAAUAUUCAACAGAACGCUUGUCAUUGAGAAUAAUGUGAAAAUAUGUGAAAUAAAAAAGAUGAUAAUUUACAAUUUCAAUCACA